GGGGAGCAGCCCGGCGGUUCCUCCUCCUGCUGCUGCUGCUGGUGCAGCACUGCGAGCCGCCGCCGCCGCCGCCACUCCCUCCUCAGGACUGUCACCGGGGACCAGGAGACCAGACGGGAGCGGCGUGGGAGCGGGGUUGGCGCCUCUUCCCGAUGCACCUGGCCGGUGCUGGAGGAGGGAGGCAGCGAGGGCGCCUUGCCUGCAACUAACUGCAAGCAGCGGCGGCGGAGAUGCCCGCCUCGGGGCUCGGCUGCGCGGGUCCUCCGGCGGCCGCACCGCGAGGGCUGGUGGCACGAGCGGCUCCCCGCCGUCCUUAAGCAGGAGGCUGCCAGCGCCAGGGCUCCAUGCCCUUUGCCAGGGAGCUCCGCCAUGGGGAGCCCGCGCCGGCUGCUCCUGGUGUGGCUACUGGGCUGCUGCACCGCGACUGCAGGACUGAGCAGUAUUGUUGGAGUUGGGUCCCGCUGCGAGACAGCAUGCAAUCCUCGAAUGGGAAAUUUAGGGCAUGGACGUAAAUUGUGGACAAAUACAAAAUGUGGAGGAAAUGCCACAGAGUUUUACUGUUCCUACAGUGAGAACACAGACUUGAUAUGUAAAUUGCCCAAGUACAACAAAUGCAACUCAAUGCAUGCCCAUCUGGCUCACCCUCCCUCUGCCAUGGUUGACUCUUCUUUCAGAUUGCCACACACAUGGUGGCAGUCAGCACAGGGGGUACACCAGGAGAAGAUCCAACUGAACUUGGAAGCUGAAUUUUAUUUCACUCAUUUAAUCAUGGUAUUCAAAUCACCAAGACCAGCAGCCAUGGUCUUGGAGAGGUCUCAGGAUUUUGGGAAAACAUGGAAACCUUACAAAUACUUUACUACUAACUGCUCAGCAAUGUUUGGGCUGGAGGACGAUGUAACCAAGAAAGGAGCAAUUUGCACUUCUAGAUACUCCAGUCACUUUCCCUGCACUGGAGGAGAGGUCAUAUACCGAGCUCUGUCUCCACCUUUUUUUUCGGAUGAUCCUUACAGCCCUGAAGCUCAGGAACAGCUGAAGAUCACUAAUCUUCAAGUGCAUCUGCUUAAACAACAAUCUUGUCCUUGUCAUAGCAAUGACCUGAAUGUAAAACUUCCACAGUUAACCUAUUAUGCUGUUUAUGACUUCAUUGUAAAGGGAAGUUGCUUUUGUAACGGCCAUGCAGACCACUGUGUGCCCAUCAAAGGAUUCAGGCCUGUCAAAGGUGCAGGAAUCUUCCAUAUGGUCCAUGGAAGGUGUGUGUGUAAACACAAUACUGCAGGAAUUCAUUGUCAACAUUGUGCUUCACUCUAUAACGAUCAGCCCUGGAAAGCUGCAGAUGGCAAAACAGGAACCCCAAAUGAAUGCAAAUCCUGUAAGUGCAAUGGACAUUCUGACACUUGCCACUUUGACAUGGACACAUGGCUGGCAUCAGGGAACCAAAGUGGCGGAGUCUGUGAUAAUUGUCAGCACAAUACAGAAGGCCGGCACUGCCAGCAUUGUAAGCCAGGCUACUACCGGGACUUCAAAAGGCCUUUUUCUGCCCCUGACGGCUGCAAAUUGUGUACCUGUCACCCUGUUGGAUCAGCAGCGCUUCCCUUUAGCAACAGCACCUUCUGUGAUCCCAGCAAUGGUGACUGUCCCUGCAAACCUGGUGUGGCUGGUCCUCAAUGUGAUCAAUGCAUGGUUGGGUACUGGGGAUUUGGAUAUUAUGGCUGCCAACCAUGUGAUUGUGCAGGAAGUUGUGACCCAUUGAAUGGAGAAUGCAUCAAUAGCAAUGCAGAUGUCAACUGGUACCAUGAAAUCCCUAAUUUUUAUUCUGCACAUAAUGAAAGCGAACCAGCAUGGGGGUGGGAAGAUGAACAAGGGUAUUCUGCCCUUCGACAUUCAGGAAAAUGUGAGUGUAAAGAUCAAGUUUUAGGAAAUUCCAAGACCUUCUGUGGCAUGAAAUACACGUAUGUGGUGAAGGCAAAGAUUUUAUCAGCUCAUGAUAAAGGCUCUCAUGCUGAGGUCAAUGUGAAGAUCAAAAAAGUACUGAAAUCUACAAAGCUGAAGAUUUUUCGAGGAAAGAGGAUUCUUUACCCAGAAUCAUGGACCAACAGAGGAUGUACUUGCCCAGUACUCAAUCCUGGUUUGACAUACCUUGUAGCUGGAUAUGAAGACGUCCAAGCAAGCAGACUGAUAGUCAAUAUGAAAAGUUUUGUCCAGGAGUGGAAACCAGUUCUUGGGAAAAAAGUCUUUGAGAUUUUCAAAAACUGCAGCUGAAAGUGAUGAACAGGCCAUUUAUUUAUGCACAAAAUGCAACGUUCAUGGAGAAAAAAUUAAAACUGGAAUGUAAGGAAACAGUGCCAAAUGUGUCAAGAGGUAUUCCAACUGAAAUUAUUUCACCCUGUUCCUAAACACAUUGGUUUCAAUAGAGCAGAGGGAAUGGACAUAUAGAAACGGAGUUACAGGCUCAGCACUAAAGAGUGGGAGGGCGGAGAGAUGGCAAAGCAGCCCCACAGCACCCAAACAUAUAAUGACACCAACAACUUGCUGGAAUGAAAAUGGCCAUAACAUUAUUGGUUCAGCAGCUGACAGAGCCUUGGCACAGCAUGGAGUGACAGAUCCCAAUACCAGCGGAUCUGCUUUCUGGCUGAUGUAUUCUGCUGCCUGUACCCCAGCCCAGCUGGGUGGGGGAAAUCCCUUGGGAUGGUAGGUUGAUGGAUUCCACAUGGGCACCAGCCACUGCAUUGUCUCUCCUGCCACUUGGUACCUUGACAGUCCCUGAUGUGGGUAUAUCCCCAUAAGCCCUCACCCCAAAUCCCCUAAGAGGAUCCCUAAAAAUGUGGGAAAUGGGCAUGCAGACCUCUUUCCUCCCAAAAUGGAUCUGGCACCCAACACAGUUAAGACAUGAAUAGCAGAAUUCCAAGGUAUAAACAAAAAUAAUUUGACACAUCAAGCCACCCAGUGCCACUCACAUAGGGAGGGAUGAGAGGGAAAAGCCAUGAGUCAGCUAGGGGCUCAGGGGUGUUGGAGGCUGGGUGAACUGGAAGGAAGCCUCUCCCAGUGAGGUCUCCUGAUCAAGCCUGGAAUGGGUGAGGAAACCAGGAAGUUAGGAAGUAGUUUAGAGGUGGCUGGGGAAAACCUUGCCUUACACUGGCGUGCUGGGCCAUUAGCCAUUCAUGCCAUCACCACCACCCCCAACCAGCAGCCUCGCAUUACCUCCUCCACUACCCCCACUGCUGGCCUUCAGGUGGGUCCCAUGAAAGUCUGGGGCUGCUAGCAUUUGUGAAAAACCCCUGCCCUGUCCCACAGACCCAACUGAAUGUACACGGGAAGUUCAGAACUUGCAGUAAGGGAGUGCAGCAGCAGAGUAGCUGUACUUGUAAAGCCCCUCCCUCCAUUCCACCUUCCCACCAGUCAUCUGUUUGAUGGGGAAAGGGGUAUCUGUUAACAAGGAUGCACUCAUAAAUCUCUGCAGUGGGACAAUCUGCUUAAAAGUAAAUCCCAUUAAUUCCACAAAAAGUGACCUUACAAUCAGAGCCAAAAGUUUAAGUUUUAUAUUAGGUUUUCAUUGUCAAUAUUGACUUAGUGCCCAACUUUUUUAAAAAAAAAAACACCUUUGUUGGUAUAAAUCCUGACUGAGCUGUCACCAAGGACUCAUCUGAGAGUUCACACCUCAUUCUUGUGUAAUUCUUUGGAAGGUUACAUAUGUGCUGUUGAUGGACUGCUGUCAGCUACAAAUCCUAAAAAGAACCAAUGCAAUGUUUUUGAUCUAUGUUGAUAUAUUAAAACUAACAGAAUGAAUGUGAUUACAUUUACUGCAGAUUUCUAGUGGGUAACACAUGUAUGGAAGCUAAUAAUUUACCAGUGAGAAAAUCCAUUGAAAAUUCCAUCCAGUAAAGUAUGAUAUCUUAUUAAGACAUGUCUGUAUUCAACUGCGCUCUGCAGAACUUUCUUAAAAGCAAUUCAUAGUAUUUUUAUUUGGGAUACUUUGAAAAUGCUGGGUCAAAUUUUCCACUCAGUUAAACCAAUGCAACCAGCAGAGGUUGGUCCAUUAUACAUGAAGCACUUAUCUUGGGCUUUUUACUAUGUAGUGGGCUUGUAGUUGGGUCUCCUUGUGUUUCUCGGUUUACACGUGAGGAGGCACACUCCUGCUGUGCAGUUUUUCUGAACUCUCUUAGGCCUCUCCUUCUCCUGGUUCUUUUAACUCCAUUCAUCAACUUAGCCUCAAAGGCACAAAUCUCAUCAUAUCUGGUAGUGCCAAGAUUUGGCUGGAUUUGUAAAAGCUUUUAAAUCACUCUAAUAUCAAUAUUUCUGUUAAUCCAGUUAUAUCAAUAUUGUAACCCUUCCCAAAAAUAAUUCCCCCCAAAUAAAAAAGGCAAAGCAGUUCCCUGGACCACAUGCUGCUGAUGAAGAGGACCAUGGUUAGACCUGAUAAUCCCCACCCCACCCCACCUGCUGCUGCUGCUGCUGCUGCUGCAGGAGAAGAGAGGGGCUUCUUCUAAAAUAAAGGUUUGUUUGUUUGAAAUAAAGUUUUUUAAAGUCUUCCCGGUCAUAGGGGAGGGCAGAAGUACAACAGGGGAGGGUGGUGGAGCCAAAAAGAGACCAUGCUUGUACUGUUCCUCUCUGUUACUAUAUCAAGAUAUAGAUAUCUCAAUAUAAGCAUCUAGAGAAGCAAGAAGGAGCCAGCAACAUGGAAAGUGGGGAGAAGGGGAAGGCAUGAAUGGCAGAAAGGGAUGGAAAGGGUGGAGCUAGGUAGGCUGGUCAUGGGUGGAGGAAACAUGUCCAGGACAAAGCUGUGCUCACUGGCAAAUCUGCCUGCUCUAGUAGCAAAGCAAAUUAAAAGUUGUACUAGAAGUGAUGGAAAGUGAAAGCAGGAAAUAUAUCCAUACAAGAAAUCUUGCUGUGACAGACAUUCGCCCGCCAUCGCACAGCAGACAUCUUGUGCCUAAUUGGCCUUUAACUCUGUGUUUGAGCCAACAUAAAUAAAAAUCCUUUCAUCAGACCUUUGGUGAUAAAAUGACUGUGUGUUCCAGGCAGGCAUGAGCUAUAUAGUGUGUCAGACAAACCAAGGUCAAGGCAGGUAGCAGGCAAAGGCAUGGUCAGACAAUCUAAGGUCAAGGCAGGUGGCAUGCAAAGGCAUAGUCAGACAAUCCAGAGUCAAGCAAACCCAGGAAUAUAAGCAGGCAGGCAGGCUGGCUAGGAAUGGAGGUCUGAGGUGUGGAGGAGGGAACCUGAGGCAUGGAGCUUUCCAGUGAAACACAUUCAUCGCAUCCAGGCAGAGCCAAGCCCAAGACACCCUUCCUAGUCCUGCAAAGACUCAGUCUUUCUCUGAUGUUGCUGUUUCCAGUUCGCAGAGCCUUUUGCCAUAUCGAGCUACGAGCUGACAGUGCCCAUUGAGCUAUGAUGCGGGCACUUCUCCUUUUAUUACUGAGCUGCUGUCUCUGCCUUUGCCUUCUUUGUGCAGCUGGCUUAUCACUUAGCUUAUCUGGGACUGCUGAAAGCUCUCCCAGAUGCACCACAUCUUGCCCAGCCUCAGUUGGCAGGGAAGGGCUUGGGUCAGUUACUCACAUCUCCUCUCAGGAAGCCAGCUCCUAGUCCAUGGUAUUGUCUGGCUCUGCAUCUGAUUCCUGGUCUCCCAGGGACUGGCUCAUGACAGACUGACUCCAUAAAGGGUGAACAGGGGGCAUUAAACUCAUGUAAGUAUUUCAUUGUUUAAAAGCACUUUAUUGCCUGUCUCUUUAUAGUGUAAAAAUUCUAAAAUGGCACAGUGAAAAGUCUAUCGGAAAGGAAACACUGCAAAACCAGUAGAAUAACUUUUCUUACAUCUGGCAACAGUGAAUAAAAAAAGUUAAGGAUGCAUUUUGGAAAAAACCCCCACUAAUAUAUUUGCACUGAAAUUCUACUUCAGCCUAAUGGCUUAAUUCUAUUGAUAGCAUCUAUUAAAAGUCUGAUAAAAACUAGUUCUGUUGAAAUGUGAUGGAUGUAGUUCAUAAUUCAUGUUGAAUUCAGUCUGGAUGUUAUAAUAUUUGAAUCUGUAUAGGAAAGACUGCAAUCUGAUGCACAUUACUUGAAAGUAAAUCCCAUUCAACUAAGGUGGACUUACAUGUGAGUACGCAUGAUAGCCUGAAAUAUGCUUUGUUCUAUGCCAACUUGUAAUACAUACAUUUCCACAAUGAAGUUAAUUUGUGGAUAUUUCAUGAUUUUUUACCAUUUUCUUCACUAGACUAUAUGCUUAUCUAUUAACACAUUUAUAAAACAUAUUCUGUUUAUACAAACAAAAACAAAGGAAGAACUGCAGAGCAUUUUUUAAGUGACACUUGUCUUUUGUGUUUUUGUUUGUGGUCCUGUGGAUUCACAAAAUGAUACUGUUUUGAAAUUUUGUUUUUUAUAUCUUAUGUAUAUAAUAAAUAUGCUAUGAUUUCAAA